AUGAAUAGGCACGUUGUGCGCCUAAUCGUUGGUGGAAAACUGAUGGAAAAAAAAAACAUCGACAAACAAAUAAUCCAGCGCAACUUAGAGCAUGUCAUCCUACAUUUUGAUCAGUACAGCCAAGAAACUGGCACCUCUGCAUUGCUCAAAAAAAUCAUUCCCUAUACAAAAAACACUUUCCUGGGGAGUGUCCACUUGAAAUACUUAUAUUCCCAUGUCGUUGAGCCGCUACUAAAGGAGGGAAACAUCGACCCCGAAUGCUUACCAAACCUUGUUCAUACAUUUAAGAGAAAUGAAGACUGUAACUACAUGGUGAAAAAAUUGAACGAUUACAUUACAUGCGCCAUUGGAAAAGGAAAAAUCUCUCUACAAAAUGACGUAAAUAACUGGGUCAGUGUUGUACAGGUAUUUUCUGCCAAACGGAGAGGCAUAAAUUUUGUGCCCCUCCUCAGGCACCUUUUGGUCAACGACAGUUUUGCGCCCUCACACGGGGGAGAUACAAAACAUGCUCAGACGAGUGAACCUCGCAAUGUAGAGGCACCUAUCCCAAAUGACAUACAAAUUGAGCAAAAUGGACCCCACCAGUGCAAAAUGUUCUGUCCUAUUACUUUACGUGAACUUUGCUACGCUACAUUGGAGAGCCUCCCUCCCAGGACCUUCUGCAUACUGCUGAACGUCUUGUCCAAAGUUAAAAUGCAGAACGCGCCAGAUCCCAUCUUCACAUCCUUUCUGCGUGAAAAAACGUUCCAAAUGCUUCCCCACAUGAGCAACAUCGACUUGUGCCAACUUGCAGAGGCGUUACCCCAACUCAUAUGUGUAGACAGGGAAAUUCUUUCCACACUGAUAGAACCGGAAGUGCUCAAAAGGGUAACGUCCUUUGACGUUUUGCAGUUAUCCAUGAUCUUUCAUUCUCUCUCCAAAUAUUGGAAGGACUUAAAAAAAAAACAACUUUUCUGCGUACUCUUCAUGCGGAAGAUAGAAAAAUAUUUGGCACUAUAUUCACUACACAAUCAGGAGGAGAAAUAUAUCCUGCACACUCGGAACAAAAACACGCUGAUCGAAAUAGUGCCCAUGUUUUUUUUGGCCUACGUGAAAAACGCGCACUACAUGUUCCCGCACUAUUCUUGUUUUUCCAAGUUCGUCCAGCUGCAGUUUUCGAUUUUGUCCAAGUGGCUGCAUCGAUUAAAAAAGUGUCGCUCCCUGUUGGAAGGAAAUUACAAAAGUGAGAUGCCAAAUCAGCAGUUGGAGCGACCCUCCCUCACGAAUAAUUAUCACCAUUUGCAGUUAGUAGAUAACCGAGGAAGCCACCCUCCUUGCUUACGCCACACCAACCAAACGCUGUCCAAUUUGCUGUACGCUUUUAUUGGCUACCUUUACAACAUUACCACACUCCACUACAAUGAUGAACAAAGCAGAUCAUUCACCAGGCACCUCCAUUUAACCCUGGACAACAUUAAUCAGCUCCUUUCCCACUUCAUCCUUUUUUAUCGUCACAGGGAAGUGGUCACAAAUGGGGCACAAUUCAUUCUGCCAGUCCACAAAUCCCAGCUUUUAAUUUUUUUGUACACCUACUGGGGUUUCCUCCUAGAUUUGCAUUCCCACGUAGAUUAUUACACAAGGGUGAAAAAAAAAAACAAUUUAGCCUUAACCGUUCAGGCAAAACGGAACGAAAAAGAAAAUACCAUGCACACAGCUAACCCAUUUUUUUUCAUCAAAUUGGACAACGUGAAGAAGGUAAGUUUUCUCUUUGCACUUUUGGACGACAUUAACCUAAACGCCUUGAUGAAAGAAACAUUGGAAGAAAACAACAAAUACGUCAGUCAUAUUUAUUCACAGGUGCUGAAUGUGGUUAACAACUCGGUAGGAGUUCCCCACCGGGCAGCUCUACAUUUCAGCAGACGAGUGGUGGGGCCAUACACAAUUUCUGAACUGUGCAGGUGA